CAACCACAAUUAUUUUAUGGUUCAUAGUUUCAGAAAAUUUUAUUCAAAAUAUACGACAAUGAAUUUUAAAGUAUUUUUGUUCAUGUUACUUACAUUGGUUGCGUUAGCAAUAGCUCAAGUAGCUACUGCGGCUACUGCGGCUACUGCAGCUACUGCAGCUACUGCUGCUACUGCUGCUACUGCUGCUACUGCGGCAACUGCUGCUACUGCUGCUACGGCAGCACGAGGAAGGCGUGCUGCAGCUACUGCGGCUACUGCUGCAACACCAGCUACUGCGGCUACUGCAGCACGAGGAAGGCGAGCUGCAGCUACUGCGGCAACUCCAGCAACGGCGGCUACUGCAGCACGAGCUGCAGGAUGAGGAAGGCGAGGAUAUUAAUAUAUCCAAGGCAGUGUUAACAACGGUUGAAAUCGAAAUUAUGUGAUCUUUAUAAUUAUUUUGAGAGUUUUUUUUGAAUUAAUAAAUUGUGUAAUUGUA